AUAUCGUGCGAAAAAGAAUUUUAUCAGACAUUAAUCGGUGUACCUCAGUUAUGAGGUUAGAAAGACUAAACAUAACCUCGCACAAAUGGACCAAGUUUCAUAGAAAAUAAUAAAGAAUAGUGAGACAAUGAAUGGCAUCUUAGCGAUUAUUAUAUUAAGUGACGAAACUGACAAUAUUUUUGCAAAAUGCACUGUAUGCGGAAAAUCCUAAAUAUUGCGCAACGGAAUGUGCAAGUGUGUAACAAAGUUGAUACAGUCUAUAAAAGCACGGGAAUGCUGCUACAAAAUAUUAUUUGUCGUUUGAAUCACGACUCCGAGGAAUACAUAUCCGUUGAGAAUGAGAAGGAGCAGCAAGCGUACAUCGAGCUCGCCAGUAGUUAUUUGGGCAUUGCAGUUGGCGGGCACAGGACGUUUAUUUUACAACCAUACAUAAAAUGGGGUAGAGACAAGAAGAGAAACACCUCGCCAGAACUACAAAUGGCCGAGGCUGUCGCACUAAUAAACACUCUAUCUAACUGGUGCGUAGUCGGUGCGAAGUACGCCCCAUUACUUACGUUACAGAAGAAGCAACUGCUGGGUACCGGCGCGAUGGAAGAUCUAAAGAAGGAAUUACGUAAAUCUGAGAAUCCCACUGCCGUAUUUGUUAGCACCAAUCUACUGAAAUUUGUCCAAAUUAGAGAAUUGGAAAAGAUCUUUGGUCUACCGGUGUAUGACCGUUACUCCAUAGUCAUCCAGAUAUUCCGCGAGCACGCGAAGACUUCGGAAGCAAGACUGCAGGUAGCCUUAGCGGAGAUACCAUAUAUUCGAAAAAAAAUGCUUGAAACGUGUAUUACCCGCAGCGGCGCGAUAAACAUGACGGAGAAGAUGAAACUGUUACUCGACGGCAAAGAGAAGAAAUUGAGAAACGAAUUGAAGAAGCUGCAACAGCAUCGACAGGUUAUCAGGACCCACCGCAAAAACCAUGCCUUUCCCACGGUUGCUGUAGUCGGUUACACAAACGCGGGGAAGACCGCCUUGAUAAAAGCGCUCACGGAUGACGGCUCUUUACAGCCUAGAGACAAAUUAUUCGCAACCCUUGAUACAACCGCGCAUCAAGGGAUUUUACCCAACAGAUUAAAAGUUUUGUACAUGGAUACCAUUGGAUUCAUUCAAGACGUGCCCGAAACUUUGAUUGAACCAUUUAUUGUGACCCUAGAAGAUGCUAUAAACGCUGACGUGAUAGUUCACAUAUAUGACGUCAGUCAUCCGGAUAUGCAGGCGCAAUAUCAGCAUGUACAGAAUACGAUAAAACUCAUGUUGGACGCUCGUCCGAUAAUCGACGUCGCCAAUAAAUGUGAUCUUGUUGAAAGUAACCCCGCACCCACGGAUGCGAUUGCCGUCUCCGCCAAGAAUCUAACAGGAAUCGAUUUGUUGCGCUUGAAGAUACAAGAGGUCCUUUUAACCACCACUGGACUAUUAAGUAUACGCGCGAGGGUAAAAUCCGGCAGUCUCGCGGCCAGCUGGUUGUACAAGAUGACGACAGUGACGAACGCCGAAUCAGAUCCAGACAAUGCCCAGUAUUUAAUUAUGGAAGUGAUCACUACUGCGGUCACUAUUCAAAAGUUUAAGAAAUUUUUAGCAACGAAUAAUUCAAAGCAAUAAAACAUUUUAUACAUA